GGUGUUCAUCGCCUCGAGGCAACAUUAGUGGACACAUACGUUACGCACCGGACUGAAGCCCAGGACGCCACAGAUUGCAAGGGACGGGAUGUUGGCCUGUACUGCCUUACUUCAGGCUAUAAUCUGAGCCUACCUGUACCUACCUCUUACAUAGGUACCUUAGGUACCUGGUACCUAAGGACCUUUUUUGACGACAGUCAACAUUUACAGCAUCAAUCCAAGCACCAAAACCGCCACCAGCAACAGUGAGGCAAGAAAGAGAAAACGGCCAUCAUGUCUCUUCCACUUCUCCCAACAGCAGCAGCAUGCGCCCUUUUUCUUACGAUCGUGUACAAGUUUAUCCUGCAUCCCGCAUUCAUCUCUCCGCUCUCCAAGGUCCCUUCCGCACACUGGUCUUCAUCCAUCUCCCCACUUUGGGUCCUCUACCACCGGCUCCUCCAACAAGACACGCCCGUCCUCGCAUGCCUCCACAAGAAGUUCAACGCCCCAAUUCUGAGAAUAGCACCCAACGAGCUCUCGGUCAACUGCGUUUCAGGCGGUCUUCGAACAAUCUAUUCCGGAGGCUUCGAAAAAGGCACAUGGUAUUCCAAUGUCUUUUCAAAUUACGAUGUCCAACCAAUGUUUGCCAUGGAGGAUAAAGAGGGACAUUCGAAACGAAAGAGGAUUUUGAGCAAUAUCUAUGCUAAGAGUACGCUUCAAAGUUCGAAGGCUUUGGAUGAACAGACGGAGGUGAUUAUCAAGGAAAGGUUGAGGCCCAGAAUAUUGGCAGAAGUUGAGAAAGAAGCGACGAAUGGAGGUGGUGGAAUUGAGUUCUAUGAUAUCUUUUGCGCUGUGACGAUGGACUUUGUCAGUGCCUAUAUCUUUGGCCUGGAAAACGGGUCGGACUUCUUGGUUAGCGAUAAGGAUGGUGGGAUCAGACUUUUUCAUGACUUCAAAGCGAGGCAGAAGUAUACAUUCUGGCCACAGGAAUGUCCUGGAUUCACGAGGUUUUUGGCCAAGUUGGGGUUGAAGUGGUUAGUUGUUCCCACCUGGGUCGAUGGAGCCAACCAGGACAUUGAGAGCUGGUUGAUGGGGAUGUGUGAGAAAGCGAAGCAGACGGCACAGAAGAUCGAUGGCGGCGGGGAGGUAAAUGAGAGGGAUGUGCCGACGGUGUACAGACAACUGGAAGGGGGCUUGCAGAAAGAACAGAAGAAGUCAGGCAUUGGAGCGGAAGGAAACUUGAAAAUUGAAAUCGCGUCCGAACUACUCGAUCACACACUCGCUGGCUUCGACACGUCAAGUAUCACGCUCACUUGGCUAGCAUGGCAACUCAGCAAAACUUCCAACCAGCACUGGCAGGACAUGCUACGAAAGGAAAUCUCAACCUUGAAAGAAGAAGAUUCCCUCGAUGCAAAAGCCAUCGACGCUUUACCAAUCCUACAUGCAAUCCUCAUGGAGUCAUUGAGAUUACACGCUGCCAUCCCAGGUCAACAACCCCGAAUCACCCCCUCGCAUACUCUCACUACGCUUGGAGACCCCGAAGCCGGUGCCGUAUACGCGAAUCUGCCUCCCAAUACUCGCGUCCAGUCACAGGCUUAUGCCCUCCAUCGUAACCCCAAUGUCUUCCCUGACCCAGAUAGUUGGCUGCCUGAUCGUUGGCUAAAUGCCUCCUCUUCGCCCUCUCUCACAGCCCCGGUUGACACGAUGACAGAUACAGUGUACACUCCUCGCACAGCAGACCAACUCCGCGAAAUGAGCCGAUACUUCUGGGCGUUCGGCUCCGGUGGAAGGAUGUGCGUAGGCAGUAACCUCGCCAUGUUAGAUAUGAAAGCCACAAUCGUGGGAGUCUGGGGCAAAUUUCAGACUACUAUCGUGGAUGACGAGGGCAUGGUGCCCAACGGAGGGUAUAUGGCUGAACCUUUGGGCGUAGGCAAAGGUGGACACAAGGGAAUUGGAGGCAAGUAUGCUGAUGGAGAGCUGAGAAGGUUUUUGAGGUUGAAGGUGGUAGAGAACAUGAAGGCUUGAUUAUUUGAUGCUUUGACGAUAUCACAACGCGUCAGUGGGGGGAAGAUGUAGUAAGACGGGUCUUGUGAAUUGAAUGAGCCAGUACCUAUGCUACCUCCUCGGAGGUAGCUUUCUGGCUUGUCUUGUUCAUUAUCGAUUGCGGUAGG